AAAGGAUAGCUUUUCAGGCCUUUCAAGCUUGGCAAGUGGGAUCCAGACCGACAUGUUGUUAGGGUUGAACGGGUUGAACCCAGCCUCCUUGUCUCAUCUCAAGGCUUGAUGGAUCACCCACCCUGGCCGUUGUUCGCCUUGGCCGGCGCCGCGGCCUUGGCUCUGGGCACGUGUUAUGUGGCCUUCGGGCCCUCGACCGCAUCCAAGCGGCCUCGCCGACCCCACGACCCACCGGGUCUGAGUAACUCCGGACAAAGUUGCUUCGUCAAUGCCAUUCUCCAAGCCUUGGCCUCAUGUGGCACGUUCAUCCAAUGGCUGGAAACGCGGAUUCAGGAUCAUUGCCCGCAAGAUCAGUCGGUCCGGGAGCAACUCGGGCACACCUUGGCCAUUUUGAACAAUCGCGGUCAAAUAGGGCGGGUCCAAGUUUGGUCCGCCGAACCGCUCAUGACGGCCAUCAGAAUGCACGGCUGGGUGAUUGAUACCCAAGAGCAAGAUGCUCAUGAGAUGUUGCACAUUUUACUCACUUCGCUGGAAGAAGAGCUUCUUCGUCUAGAAAUGGCCCGCACUAACACCGCUGGCAUCGGUGAUAUCGUGGAGGCGACCUUGCCCGAAUCCAACCCCGUGUCUCAGCCCGAUUUUCAACCCGGUCAUCGGCGACGAUCUUCGGGCGUGUUUCUGAAAUCCGGCGAGGAGAUUACCUUGCCCCAUGUCGAGGGUCAAACUAAUACGCUCAAACGACGCAAAACCAGUACACCUUUUAAUGGGACACUCACCAAUAAAGUGACCUUUACCGAUGGCCGCUCCAAGUCACCUGUUUCUUCCUUAGGCUUUAACAAUAUAACGCUCUGUCUACCCAAAAGCGGUCACAUCUUGAAUGGAGUCGUAUCUCUGGAGACCUUACUUCAAAUGUAUAUUUCUCGUGAGACCGUGGAGGGUGCCACCUCUCAAUCCGGGCACAAAACCAAUCCGGCUCUCGCCAAGCAAUUAGCUUUCGGCAAAUUACCCCCUUGCUUGUGUUUGCACAUUCAACGCACGGCGUUUUCUGCCAAUACGCCCAGUAAACGGUGGGAACAUGUCGCUUUCCCGGAGCUCCUCGAUAUGAAACGAUACGUCUAUUUGAGUCAGAUGAAGAAAGAUCAAGCCUUGAAGAAGUCAGUCUCAAACCAGGAAGUGAUGUCGCUCCUCAGUGAUAUGAGUUCGAGCAGCUCGCCCAGUGAUUUAUAUCUCCUUCGAUCGGUGGUGGUGCAUCUAGGUCAGGUCUCUUCAGGCCACUAUGUGACCUACCGUCGAGGCCCAUUGAAUACUCCGUCAGGCUCCAAAUGGUUUUGCAUCUCAGAUGCUAGCGUUGAGCCGGUGCCUUUGUCCACCGUUUUGAAAGCGAAUGCCUUCAUGCUGUUCUAUGAAAAACUUCAACCCACCGCCAUCACCCCAACCACUUAUUUCUGUUAAUUCUGUUGGCCUUUCUUGAUAUG